AUGAAACACCUCUUACUCCUCGCCAUGCUCUGCCUCUCCCUGGCCAGCGGCUUGAAAAGGGUGACCCUGCGGCGGCACCGCUCCCUGCGGAAGUUGCUGCGGGAACGUGGGCAGCUCUCCCACUUCUGGAAAUCCCAUCGGCUCGACAUGAUCCAGUACAGCCAGGACUGUGCUGCCUUCACGGAGACCAACGAGCCCCUCAUCAACUACCUGGACAUGGAGUAUUUCGGGCAGAUCUCCAUUGGGACCCCACCCCAGAACUUCACCGUGGUGUUCGACACGGGCUCCUCCAACCUCUGGGUGCCAUCCGUCUACUGCGUCAGCAAAGCCUGUGCUGAGCACUCCAAGUUCCAUCCAUCCUGGUCCAGCACGUACCAGGCGAUAGGAACUCCCUUCUCCAUCCAGUACGGGACCGGCAGUUUGACGGGGGUCAUUGGAUCUGACCAAGUAGUUGUCGAGGGCCUCACCGUGAGCAACCAGCAGUUUGCAGAGAGUGUCAGUGAGCCGGGAAAAGCCUUCCUGGACGCGGAGUUUGAUGGGAUCCUGGGGCUGGCUUACCCCUCGCUGGCUGUGGACGGGGUCACCCCCGUCUUCGACAACAUGAUGGCACAAAAUCUGGUGGAGCUGCCCAUGUUCUCCGUCUACAUGAGCGCGAACCCCGAAUCCUCCCUGGGAGGAGAGCUGCUUUUUGGUGGCUUUGACCCCUCCCGCUUCACAGGGACCCUGAACUGGGUACCAGUCACCCAGCAAGGAUACUGGCAGAUCCAGCUGGACAACAUCCAGGUGGGUGAGACAGUGACUUUCUGCUUGAAUGGUUGCCAGGCCAUCGUGACAAGCCCCACUGCUUCGUGCAUGGGACCCGCAGUCACCAUUCCUGUGUGUCCCCAUGUGCACGAAGGUCUGGGGUUCAUCUCCAGCUUUGCACUUCUCCUUCCCCAGGAGACCAGUGAUGGCAUGGACUUCUGCACCAGCGGCUUCCAGGGUUUGGACAUCGCCCCUCCUGCCGGACCCCUGGACAUCGCCCCUCCUGCUGGACCCCUCUGGAUUUUGGGCGACGUUUUCAUCCGUCAGUUUUACUCCGUCUUUGACCGUGGAAAUAACAGGGUGGGCUUGGCCCCCGCUGUCCCUUAG